AUGGGCCCAUAUGUGUUGACCGACUCAGUCCCAACACAUACUGGAUGGCACACUGCAGGGCACCAGGGCAGAAGGCCUGUUUUCCCACGUCUGGAUGGUGCCAGUGUUUGCCAUGAUAAGCUCGAUGGUGCGUCCAUCAUGGCGGCAGUAAAAGAGAGCGCAGACGAAGAAAAAGAGGUGGAACCCGCCGAAGAUUACAUUCAGGAGCUGUCAGGCAGCCACACAUCUUCUCCCACCACCACCAACAACAACAACAACAUCAGCAGUGUGGGACCACAGCAGUGCCAGUCUUUGGACACUCACCAAAGCCUUUUAAAUGGAGCACAGCCGAGCCCAUUUGUCUGUGGCGGUGUCCCGGCUGCCCCCUGCACAGACGAUUCAUUGCCUUCAGGAGCACUUGUUAAUGGACCUGCUUCACACUGUACCUCAGAGGAGCCGCACGUCCCCAACAAAGACGCGUCCCCUUGGCCUGGGACAGACACCAACCCUGAGGUGUUACAGCCUCCCAGCGAGCUUCAAUCAGACACUUGGCAAAAACCAGAAGGGCACGUCCUGAAAGCGCCGUCCGCAAGGACCUCAUCCGAGUCGGACAGCAGCGACCGCGAGGCUUCCGCCGACGUGCUGGUGGGGGACGCUGUGGAUAACGGGCCAAUCAGCCGUCUGUGGACGAGAAAGAGCGUGAAAACAGGGUUCUUGUGGGACGUGGAUUCUGAGUCGUCAGAAAGCUCAUCGGAAGACUAUGAAGACCUAAACAGGGGACUUCAAAAGAAGUUCAUGCGCCUCCUGUUCAAAGGCAGGGUAAUGGGUGGAGUGGCAAAGAGAAAGACAGAAGCAGAUGGCUCUGCGUUGGCCAGCCCUAGCAGAAGGAAGCGGAAAAUGUGCAGAGUAGAAAGGAUCCCGGCCGAGGAAGAAGUUAACGACGGCUUUAGCUCCGCUUCCAUCACCGAUGGGGACUUGGAUUUGGAUUUGACCAUUAGCAAAGAAAAUGACAGGAGGAGAGAGACAGAAAGUUUGAGAGCGUACAUGGACUCGCGCCUGGGGAAUUCCCGCGACAAAGCAGCUGUCGUGGAGAAGUUAGUUCGAAGCGAGAAGGAAGGCAGGCACGAUGAAGGCCACGACGUUGGGGAAGCAGACGCCUACGUGGGUGGCAAACUUGCGCAUUUAAAGAGUAGGUUGGAUACAGGCAAAGAGUCAGAGUCGAUGUUCUUCCAAUGCUCAAAGUGCAACAUUAAUUUCAAGGAGAAGAAGCAUUUGCAUAGACAUCUGAUGUAUCAUUUAGACAGGCAUAAUCAGGUAGGGCAGGAGAGCGUCCUCCGUCCCUUUAUAUGCAAAGAGUGUGGGCGUUCGUUCCGCGAGCGUUCCACCCUGCACAAGCACAUGCAGAUCCACCAGGCAAGGAGGGAGAGGCUCAUGCAGGAGAUUAAAGGUCUGAACAAACCGAGGGAGGAACAGCCGGGCCUAGACGCCCGGCUGCGGUGUUCCCAGUAUGCCUUUGGAACCAGCUGCCCCGCAACCUUUGACCAGCAUGCCGCAGUUCACGAAAAGGAUGAAGGCUAUCACUUUUGUGACGAAUGUGAUUACACAGCCAUGACUGAGCUGGAUAUGGAAGCACACCAAUGGACAGCUCACCUCAGCGCACGCCAAGACAGAUUUUUUAAAAGCUUUGAUGCAUUCGUUUGUAAAAUUUGCACAUUUCGGACAAAGAAGAUGAGUGUUUUGAGAAAGCACUUGGACCUUGUCCACAAGCAGCCACUUUAUGAUUAUGACCAUCAGUCUCACAAGGAGACAGCUAAUGAAUAUACAAGUCCCAUGUCAGACCAAGUAAACAGGUUAACAGGCCAAACCGAAGCAGAUGCCUCAGCUGCACUUUCCCAGAAGCCAAAGUUCCUCAAAGACAAGCAGAACGGGUCAACCGAAGCAGGGCUUUCCAUGUGGUCCAAUGGCGAUGCUGACCUUUAUGUGAGAGAUAAAGGCGCACAAAAAUCCGGUAAAGGAUUGAGCUCCCCACUGAUCAAGUGGAGUUUUGGCAGCUUAGCAAACAACCUGUCACCAUCUUCCCUGAGAUGUGACAAGCCAAGUAAAUUAUAUGUGCCUACAGAGAGAAUAGAUGUGACAACAGGUCUCCCGUAUGUCGAAGAGGACAAUCAAGCAUAUGAAAGCACUGUCUCAGAACAAAAGACAAAAUAUCUCUCCAGUUUUAACAUGCAUCUUGCGACCAAGACUGGGAUCUCCAGCAAAACAGUACAUCUAAACGAAGGCACUGCUAACACUCCCAAAGAUCCCUCAGAAAGAGGCGCUGUAGUGGGGCAGGUGCUGAGGCAGAAAUCGCCCUCCAAAAGAAAAAUGUCCAUUCCCUAUCACAACACCCCUGAGAAUCCUUUUCUAAAACGAGAAGCAGAGUCUCCAGAAUGGCUGGACACUGACCCCAUGCAGGAAGGUGACUUUGAUGACCCUAACAACGAUAAUUACCACAAUUACAUCACUGAAAACUGGAUCCUGGAUGGCAGUGAAGAUGGCCACAGCCCCUACAUUUCCGAUCAAUUCAUCCAGCAAGACUUUUCCCUUAAAGAAGACAGCUCUGUCUCUGUCGGUCACUCAGACCACGAUGGCUACAUGGAAGAUGACGAUGAAAUUUACACUUUCAUUGUGAAAGAGGAGAGUAUAGAGAGCGCAGUGAGUGAGGACAAUCCAGAGUUUACUGACGAAAAUUUCAGCGAUUCCUACACAAGCUACCGCAUGUCCCCCGUGUUCGAGAUAGACCGCAAGUCCUGCCCAUAUUGUCCUGCUGUGUUUGAGUCAGGAGUGGGUUUGUCCAAUCACGUGAGAGGACAUCUGCACAGGUUGGGUCUCAGUUACGAUGCUCGUCACAUGCUGUCAGCUGAACAGGUGGCAUCUCAGGACCGGCAGCCACGUAUCCGCAGAAGAGCGCCUUCAUUCCACAGAAGAAUCCGGAAAGAUAAGCCCGAGUCUCAAACAGAACACACCUGCCCUCUGUGUCUGGGCUGGUUUGAUACCAAGACAGGCCUGUCCAAUCACGUGCGGGGUCACUUGAAGCGGAUUGGGAAGCCGAUCUCAGGGGUCAGCAAAUCCCCCCUCUCCAUCCUCACUGAGCUUCUGCAGGACGAGAACGAACACCGGAAGAUUCUCCGCUCUCUUCAGGCAAAGCCACGCCUCUCCAGAUCUUUCAUUUCUCAGAAGUUUACUGGCAGCGAUGGCCUUUUUCUCACGCCCACCGGCGUCCCGGUGAAGGUCCGGCAUCAGUGGCCAUCCAAUGGACUGGAUUCAGAAGAGAAGAAGAAGACGAGUAGGGAAAUUAAUGAAACCAGUGAAACCUCAUCAAGCACUUUAGUAGAACUUCUAAAGAGGAAGAGACAGGACGUGGAGCUACAGGAGGAUAAAGGUGACUCGCAGGCGGCCAGGACUCGCAGUAUCAUUCCUUCAUUCAAAACUGUUGCCCCUGCAGACCUGCCUGCGCAGGACCAGAACUCCAGCUGCAGUCAAGAGAAAUUAGAAAUAAAUAAGAAGAUCUGCAUCCACUGCAACGCAACUUUCCACAGCGCUGUCAGUCUGUCCAAUCACCUUCGAGCGUACGCCCGCAGGAAGAGGCUCGCCCUGAUAGAAGGAACAUCAUAUGACUGUAAUCAGGUGCGUCCUCGAGCCAGACCUGGACCAAAGAGGAAGGACUUCCCCUCUCCACACACAGCCUCUGAAGUGAUCUACACACUAACCUGCAGGUUCUGUGAUCUAGUCUUCCAGGGCCCGCAGUCUGUGCAGGAGGACUGGGUCAAGCACCUGCAGAGACACCUCAUGCACACCAGUGUCCCGGGCACAGGGGCGGGUAUGGCGGAGGUAAUGGCCGAGUGCGAGGAGCCGUGUGACCCAUCUCUGGACUCUCUGCCCUUUCCCCAGCUCUCUCAGGGGCUCUCCUAACUCCACGUUUACACCCCUGCUCCGUUCACUUUACUGUUAGUUACAGCGGUGCUUGAGAGUUUGUGAAGCCUGUAGACUUUUCUAUAUUUCUGCAUCAAAUUAUUAAUUAAAAUGUCAUCAGAUUUUCCAACAUGUCCUAAAAGUACAUAAGAAAAGUCAGAUCAACAAACAGAAGAGACAAAAGUAUUAUUAUAAUAAUAUAAUGCCUUAAAUGUAAAUGUGAAUCUUUGAUUUUAGUAUCUGGUGUUCCCAGAUAAUUAUAAUUAUAGCCACGCCCAUUGCCCCAAACAGAUAUUCUCCAAAAACUGCUGCUUUAGCUCCACCCACAGCUUUUCUACUGGAUUAAGGUCAGACUUAGAGUUCAUUUAUAUUAAUUAUUAAUUAUUAACUGUUCUUUGGUAGAACAACUUUUAUGGUAAGGGUCGGUGUCAUGUUGCCUGACCCACGUUCUUAUGAGAAUCAGCACAUGGAUAUGGAGAUGUCUUGAGUUUUUUUUUUCUUUAGAAUUUGAUGUUCCAUCAAUAAUAGCAAGCUCCUCCUGGCCCAGAUGUAGUAAAAUAGGCCCAAUAAUCCAUGAUACUACCACCAGCGUGUUUCACAGAUGGGAUAAUAAAGGUUUUUAUGCUGGAAUGCAGUGUUUUAAAACUUUUUUCAAACAUAAUGUUUCUCGUUUAAUCCAAAACAGCUAUUUUGAUAUCAUUGUUCAACAAAAUAACAUUACAAUAGCCUUCAGAAUUGUUCAUGUGAGUUUUAUCAAACUGAAGAUGAGCACCAAUGUCAGCAAAGAUCAAUGUUCUCCUGAUGGUAAACAUUCAGCUUCUUUUUGACCCUGCAGACUAUUGCAAACCUUGCUCUUGGCGAAAUCUUUGAGGAGGGUAUCAAUAGUUUCAAAUUUCCUUCAUUUGUACACAGUCUGUCUGUCUGUCUGUCUGUCUGUAGACUGAAGGAGACUUUUUGUGGAGUUUUGUAAACUUUAACAGCUUACUGAGCUUCAGUAAUUGUUCUUGGAAGAUUCUAAGAAAUCUUCUUUGUUUGUGCCAUAAUACACUUCCAUAAAUGUGUUGUUAAGAUCCCUGUUCUUUACAUAAAACAAGACCCCGCCCACUUACAGCUGAUUGGGAUCUCAUUGAUUAAAAACACCAGUUUUAAUUUUACCUAUACAUACAUUAUCAGCAAAUUCUAAAGGUUCACAUGCUUUGGAUACGUUCCCUCAGUACAGCAAAUAAUUUCCCUCAGCAAAUAAUUAGCAAAAUCUACAAUUUUUCUUUAAUUUGUUUGAUUUUGUUUUCCUUAUCUACUUUUAGGACUUUUGAAAAUCUGAUUAAGUUUUAGGUCAAAGUUAUGUGAAAAUGUAGAAAAUUCUAAAUGUUUAACAAACUUUCAAGCACCGCUGUAGCUAUCAGUCCUGCACAUGCACAUAAGCAGAGAUUAUGUAAACGAAACAUAUUCUAUGUAAAGUUAUUUGCUAGAAUCUAAGAAACAUAUAUAUAUAAGAAGUAUAUAAAGAGAAAGCGGGAAAAAAAAAAGUUUUUCUUAUAUUAUAGCACAUGGACCAUUUAUUUUCUUCUCUUUUCUUCCGUUAUUUUUAUAUCUCGCCUUUAUUGGACAUGGCAUGCCAUUUACAUUACAUGUAAGGUCUGUAAGGUCAAUGACACAUCAGCAAAAAUAUAUGAAAUACAGAGUGUUUGAACCCAUAUGAAUUGAGAAAUGGGUUUGGCAGAUGCUGAUCAAAUUAUGGACACAAGCUGUGGCUGAGGGUGAAAAGGAUGAUUGGGUCAACAAUAGGGCAGUUUUUUUUUAAUCGGCCAGCUUUUAAUUUACAGGCGACAGUUUCUUGAAGUUUGGCAUGAUUGAUAUGUGUGUUUCAUUACCAUGGCGAUUUCUACGUGUUCUGCUUGAGAUUACAUUAUCUUUAAUGUGUUAACAGUAAUAUAUUAUCUUAAAUUAAAUUAAAUUGACCUCGACAUCAAGUACACAGUGGUUUUUAUUAGUAAAUUUUCCUGCGCAGAGUGGUCCAGCGGUCUAAAGCUCUGCCACUAUGAGCGGGAGGUCGCAGGUUUUAACCCCCGCUCAUGCAGCUUUGCCAUUAAGCUGCCGGCGCUCAGAGGGAGCACAAUUGGCCCUGUUUCCUCCGGGUGGGUAGAUGGCGCUCUCUGCCCACAUCACUCCUAGGGUGAUGUCUGCAGCACAGGGCAUCUGUGAGCUGAUGUAUCAGAACCGAGUCGCUGCGCUUUUCUCCAAGCGCUCGGCCAUGCUGCAUCAGUAGAAGCUCGAAAAGAAGCGGUGGCUGAGUUCACAUGUAUCGGAGGAAGCAUGUGCUAGUCUUCACCCUCCUGGUGUGUUGGGGCAUCACUACUGAUAGGGGGAGUCCUAGUGACUGAGUUGGGUAAUUGGCCGUGUAAAUUGGGAAGAAAAUGGGAAAAAUUUGAAAUAAAACUAUAAAACAAAAAAAAAUCCACUAGUUUGAAGUGUAACACACCUAACACCUAAAAAAAAGCCACUGAAUCCAAAAUGGCAUUGGUAACAUGGCCUAAUUGGUUGCCCCCAUCAGCCACAGCUUGUGCCUUUUUUUUUUUUUGAUAAUUGUCUGCCAAACCAAUUUUAUUUAAUAUGGGUGUUUCUUUACUCUUCAGACAACCUGUAUUAAAUUGUACAGAUAUGAAUAUUUGCUCAGAGGAAAAAGCGGUACAAACUAUUUUUAAACUGCGUACAUCUAUACUUGUAGUACUUACUUACUGUAAAUUUACUAGUUAAGAUUUAUCCUAUACGUUCUUAUGCAACCUCAGUCAUGAUAAGGAGUCUCUAGUGCCACUGAUUUUAGCUUUUUUUAAAAAGGCACUCUCGAACAAAUGAACUGCAAACUGUCAACGCUGGAUACUUUUAUAUCCAAACCUCUGCUGACCGAUAAUUCCUGAAUAGAAUAUAUUAGAACAAUGCAAUACUCGCGCUCCCUAAUGAAACUGAUUUUAAGUGUUUAGGUAUAUAUAUAUAUGUUUGAAGCACACUGUUCUGUGAUAUUCCUGCACACUGCUGUAACUCCUGCAGACACUGCUUAUGGCAUAGCGAAUGCUGAAGUCUAAUUUAACAGAUGGGUUCAGUGGAAUCAUCAUUUCUGGUGCUCGAAUGUUAGAUGUGCCACUCAGAAGGUCUGCGUUUGAUCAUCUUGACGACUCCAUGAAGCGUUCUGCUAGCCAUCCCUUACUUUAGGAUGUACUGAGAGAGAACCCGUUACCAUGUAUUCCAUCUUUCUGUGGUAAAUAAAGCUAUUUACGAACAUUUUACUUAUAUGUGAAGUUUCACAUGUGCAUUUUGGACCUCUUGAGUGAUUCUACAGGCUUCCAAAGAAGUGUUUAUCUGCUUUAUUCGAAUUGAAUUAAAUCAUAAAAAUGUCAAUGA